GCCAGUUGGCGUUAUCAGUACUCCCCGCGAGACUCUGAUACCGUCUGUUACCCUGGUGGGGGUAUCCACGAACACGUUAAACGCGCCACUCCAGUUACCGAUGGUACAGCGAUCCGAGUAGACGUGUGUUCCAUCACUCCGGUGAUUUAUUUAAACGUUAACUUCAAUUCCACGUGGACUUGUGUAUUUGUUGUGAUUAUUUUAUUAUUUGUAAGUGCUCGUAACAGCGGAUUUACGAAGGACGAAUAUAUUCCGGGAUAUUUAUUUUUAAGGUAUGCGAGGCCACGUAGGGAGGAGAACAGCGGGACGAGUGUGUGGGUGGAUGACAGGGAUCAUCGAGUAAAUCGAGUGGACAACGAGGCAGCAGCUUCAGCAUUUUGAGUCUUCAAGCAGUCCAUCUUGGGUCACUAUCACAUGCCGAAUGCGAGAGUCGCGACAAGAUCGCCUACCACACAAUGCUCCAACGAUGCAUCCUUGCCCUGAUCAUCAUUUUUAUCCUUCUGAUAAUACCCAUAGUGAGGGGCUUGGAGCCAGACUUCCUGUAUCCUCUGGAGAACGUUACGAUCCCACAGGGUCGGGACGCAACAUUCACAUGCGUGGUGAACAAUCUAGGUGGAUACCGGGUGAGUCCUUCCUCAUACGCGAGUGCAGAUCACAAUGGCGCCAAGGCCCGGGUGGCUUGGAUCAAAGCGGACACAAAAGCAAUUUUGGCAAUUCACGAGCAUGUUAUAACGAAUAAUGGACGUCUUUCUGUAACACACAAUGAUUUCAAUACGUGGACAUUGCAUAUUAAAAAUGCAGACAGGUCAGAUCGUGGAUUGUACAUGUGUCAAGUGAAUACGGAUCCCAUGAAGAGUCAGAGUGCUUUUCUGGAAGUGGUGAUACCACCGGACAUAAUAUCAGAAGAAACUUCCGGUGAUUUGAUGGUACCCGAAGGAAGUUCAGCGAAACUAACAUGUAAAGCACGAGGUUAUCCGAAGCCCGAGAUAAUAUGGCGGCGUGAGGAUCGCGGUGGGAUAAUCGCUAGGGAUGCAAACGGCGGUGCCAAGACCAGACAGACGACGGUUGAGGGGGAAACGCUGGUCUUGACAAAGGUCACGAGAAGCGAAAUGGGAACUUACAUGUGCAUAGCAAGCAACGGUGUACCACCCUCGGUCAGCAAACAGAUGAUGCUGCACGUCAACUUUCAUCCGAUGAUCCAGGCUCCAAAUCAACUGGUAGGCGCCCCAAUUGGCACCAAUGUCACCCUGGUAUGUAACGUGGAGGCAUCUCCCAAAGCGAUCAACUACUGGACCCGUGAGUCCGGCGAGAUGAUAAUAAGUAAUCACAAGUACUCCAUGUCCGAAGAGAAAUUGUCAGUUUACAGUGUACAAAUGCGCCUGAUCAUAAGACAUUUACAUAAGAAUGAUCUGGGAGGAUACAAGUGUAUAUCAAAAAAUUCUAUUGGAGAGGCUGAUAGUAGCAUUGGAUUAUAUGAUAUGCGGCUUCCGGAGCACUCGAGGAAGGGCAAUGAAGUGUCCGAUGAGGAUGAUAUGAAUGAGUCACGCGAAACCAGUGGCCACAGGCUGAAUCGUGUUUAUCAAGGUUCACUGAGGGAAAGCGGAUCAACUCAGCAGACACCAGUGGGCGUCAAUGGUGCCUCGGCUGUAGCCAGUAUCCUUGAUAGCAGCCCUGGAUCGUACGUGCCACUGUGCUCCCUUCUAAUCGUCUCCAUCGUCUACACGUAAGCCACAACGAACAGUCUCUCCGAAGUGUUGUAACAAGCGGUCUAUUAACAACUACACGGUGUUAUUCCGUGUUUGGGUGGAUGAAUGACAAUUUUUUUUUCAUGUAUAAAGUAGGUUACAUGGGACACUGGAGUGAUGUUCGACUGAUGAUUGUUGAGAAAAAGUGCCAAAAAAAAAAAAUUGAAUGUAGAAUUUUGUUGGGGUCCUGGGGAUGAGCCACGGUGGCACGUAAAAGAUGAAAAUCUUGGUAAAAAUGAAAAUGGCGGUUUACGUCAGUCUUCUACGACAACAUCGUACAAGAAAACUGUUGUUUUUAUGCUUAGUCACGGCUGUACAUAAUACAAUAUUAUUCAAACACGCGAGGCGUGGAAUAGAAAAAAUUAUUCCACAUACAACGUGGAUGGUAUUCCCUGUUGAACUCUAUUUUCAAUCAUCCACGUAUUGAUUUAUCAUUUGUAAUUCAUUCGAAAUUCAUGAACCGGUGGUUUACGCGAAUAUUUGUAAAUAAUAUCCUCAAGUUUUUUUUUAUCGUUCCAUUCGCUUCAGCAAGGGGAUUCAAUAUAACGUAAUGUUAGGGUGCUUUGUUGGAAAUUAAAAUUUUGCUGAGAAUUAUUAACGUCCGAUGUACUCAUGCACACAGAAUGACGCUUCAUAUGUAAAUAUAUUUGCUGUCCAAAAUCUAGGGACUAUGUCGAUGAGGACUUGAUGUUAUAUCCGCUAGAUUUUCGUUCAUAUCUGAGUUAUAAAUGACUGAGUUAUAAGGAACAAAGAUAACGGUGAAUAGAUGAAAUUUAAUCCAACCUUGAGAUCAUUUUUUUCAGUUUAUUUAUCAGUUAAUGCGAGACUAUUAGAGCGGUGAAGUGGCGAACAAGUAAUGAGGGAAAGUAAAAUGCUCUAUUUAUUUUAAUAGAAUCGGUGAAUACCUAAUGGAAAGCAAUAGAAUUUUCUCCUCGCUAUUGUCGGAAAUUGUCUCGUUUUCAAACGAACGAAGAAAGUAACAAUACGGUUUUAUUGAUCAUCGGAUCAAUUGAUGCUGUGGCAUAUCAUGAUGUUGAAAUCGUGAUAGAUGAACCAUAUUCGAGAUGCCUCUCAAAUUGCCCGCUAGUUAACUAAUUAAUGAAUUAAUCAAAAGAACCAAGCAAUCCAACAGAAGUUGUAAUGAGGAGUGACUCACUUUAUUAUUCUUCCACUAACUGAGAUUGGCCCGAGCCAUGGUAAUUAAUUGAUACCCACCAAGAGUCUACCAGCGGAUAUAACGAUGUCAGUGUCACAUCAAUAAUGCAUACAUAUAAAUCUUUCGAAAGGUGUAAAUGGACAAGAUGAAGAAGUGCGUGUUAAAAAUGUGUUUACAAGCGAAUGAUGUCAUUAUGAAUUCGUGAAUUCCUCUAACAUCCACCUCGUUAAUUUCACAUCAAUGCUCCUAUUGGACUACUGCAUAUUGCCAGACGCGCUAUAUUUUCACGUCGUCCCUAUAUGCGCUUAACAAAAUACAUUUUAAUGAGAAAAUACGCAUUAAAAAAUUCUGGAAUAAAACUUGACGAGAAAAAAAAACGUAGAUAUUUUGUUAAUCUGUUGGAUUUUUUUCCACAGAAGGUCCUAAACACAAAUUUAAAAAUAUAUACCGAGAUAUUUCUAUCGAAGAACUGUCAGUGGAUUGACUUUUAUGGAAAGACAAAAAAUAUUGCUUUAAACGAAAUCAAUAGAACCACAAUAGACCUUCUCUUGAAUUUUUUAACUCAUAAAUUACAUGAAGAAACGAAGAAUGACAAAAAAAUAAUAUUAAUAGUAUUAACGAUUGACUUUUUACAGUAACAAUAACGCAGAUGCAAAUAUAUUUAUGUGUAGAGUUGUGUAAUGUACAAAGUAUAAAAAUGACAACUAUAACUAAAGAUAAUCCGUGAAAACCUAUAAUUUUGUUAAUUUAUUUGCAAACAGCAUGAGAAAAUAUAUGAAUAUAUUGAUGAACGAGUGAUUUCAAUGGAGGCACCCAGUUUCGAAAACUAUUAGUGAGGUAAAAAGACAGAACCAUGAAGGUCCAAAAUGACCCAUUGUCGAAUGAAAAUUCAAUUUUCAUUUCGUUAUUAUUUGGGGAAAAAAGAAUCGUUAAAUAUUCUCUGCUUUCCAUUUUCAGCUGUAACGUCAUGACAAUAAUCAUAUUUAGUUACCAUUGCAUUGACCUAUUCGAACGUCACAUCAUUUGUGCAAUAACGAUGAUUAUGGAGUGAAUACUGUUAAUGGUUAUUUCUAGAAACUUACAUAGAUGUGUAUAUGUGGAGUGUGUGUACGUAAUUGUUGAUAUGUGUCAGUAUUGAAUUUUUAUUUCUACACGGAGAAACUAGUUGAUGGAAAGUUAUCGAAGAAGGGAUGUAAUCGUGGAGCGGAAUAGACUUCUGUGAUAAUUUACUGGGGGUGAGGAUAAUUCUCGUGUAGGAAAGAAUUUUCAUCCCCAAUUUCCCAAUUUUUAUCUUUUUCAAUUGCAUUCAGUGUCACUCUCCUGAAAAUUAUUAGUCAGCAGCGCAUGACACGAAUGGAAUCAUUAAUCAUAGAAUCCCUGAUAAUAAUUGAUGAAUAAGAUAAUGAGAGGUAGUAAUUAAAUUUCAGCACAAUUAUGCGAUGGAACCGAUGACAAAAUCGAAGUAAAAAUUAUCGUUAUUCUCAACCGCUCGGAUAAUCUAUAUAAUAAUAGUAUCCACCCAAUUCGAUAUCAUAAAAUUUGAUUUCCAUCCACCCUCCCCUUUAGCAUGAAGCUGAAGAAAAUACUCUUUAAUUGGAGAUAAAAUAAUAAUGUUCGCAUGCAGAGGUGUGUUUUUUUUAACUACUAUGAUUUUCCUCCACGAUUACUUUUCGUCUGGUGGAAUAUGCCGCGAUACUCUUCUACUUUUCUCUCCGUGCAUACAAUUCAGCCGCUACGAAGAGAUAAAGAUGUUGCAGCUCUCCAGCCGCCACUUGUAAUCACUCCUAACCAAUGC